AUGUCUGCAGAGGCUGUCACCCUGGAUCUGCUGAGAGAAGCCAGGGAGACGGUGAGAGGCAGCCCACUGGGUGUCAUCAACACUCCCAUGAUCCCCUGGGGCCAGACAACCCUGCCUCUGGACAUCCACUGCAACAUCCACAUCAAACUGGAGAACAUGCAGAGAACCGGCUCGUUCAAGAUCCGUGGAGUGGCCAAUCAGUUUGCCAGGAGAGAGAAGGGUGGUCAUUUUGUCACCAUGUCUGCUGGGAACUAUGGGAAGUCUUUUUCGUACGCCUCAAAACACUACGGGUCAAAGGGCAAGGUGGUGAUGCCUGAAACAGCCCCUGCAUCCAGAUCCAUCCUCAUACAGAGCUUUGGGGUGGAGGUAGAGAGAGUUCCCACUUCCUGUAUGAUGGAUGUGGUGACCCGCUGUGUUCAGGAGGACAACAUGACCUUCCUGCACUCCUUUGAUGACUUGGAUCUAAUAGCAGGACAUGCUAGUCUAGGUAUGGAGGUGCUGGAGGUGAUGCCCCAGCCUGAUGUGGUGGUGGUGUGCUGCGGUGGGGGGGGGCUGCUGGCCGGUGUGGCCGCCGCUAUCAAACUGUCAGGAUGUGAUAAGACCAGAAUCUAUGGUGUGGAACCAGAAGGAGCUUGCACCAUGUACAAAAGCUUAAUUGAGAAGAAGCCAGUGGGCAUGGACACCAAGAGCAUCGCCUCAGGACUUGCACCCCCAUUCGCAGGCAAACUGCCCUUCGAGCUAUGUCAGCGCUACGUGGAGGGGAUUGUCCUUAUAAACGAUGAGGAGAUCAAGGCGGCGGUCUCCACCCUGUACAGCUCCGGCCUCGUGGUGGAGGCGUCGGGCUGCGCUGCGUUCGCUGCCAUCGUUAACAACAAGAUACCCGGGCUGGAGGGGAAGAACGUGGUGUGCAUCCUCAGCGGAGGGAACAUCGGGAAAGACGAACUCGCCAACUUCCCUGGAUGACAAAUGUACACAAGCAUGAUGUGACUUUUCUUAGUGAAACACACUGAGAAAAAAACAACUAUUCAGGGCUUCUGAUUUGGAAAUACUUAAUAAUAUUAGGGCCAUUUUGUGUGUAAAUGUAAUUAUUCUAACUAUAUGAUGCAGUGGGAUUUUACUUGUCUGAAAUCAUGAUGAAAUAUGUUAUCUUUGUACCAUAACAUUUAUUUUUUACUCAUUUUCUAUAAGCUUUUACAAUUUGCAUUGUCGGUUCAAUGUAAUUUAG